AUGAAAUCCCAUAAUAAUAUUCCAACUUAUCAGGAGCAUGAUGUUGCAGUUAUUGGUAUGGGUAUGAGAUUCCCAGGAUCCAACAACCAAUGUACAAAAACACCAGAUGAUCUAUGGAGUGCUCUGACCAAUGGAAGCGAUCUCCUUUCGAAAUUGGAUCCGAACCGUUAUGCCCAAAGUUAUGUUGACCAAGAGUAUGUCACCAGCAAUGUUGGUGGUUUUGUGAGUCUUGAUGAAUGGAAACAGUUCGAUCCAAUGUUUUUCGGUAUGACCAAGAAAGAGGCUGAACAAAUCGACCCACAAAUCCGUUUGUUGAUGAUGAUCCUCUGGGAGGCAAUUGAAGACGCUCAGCUACAAUAUGAUACUGUCAGAGGUAGUAACACUGCAGUCUACAUUGGAACAAUGACCCAAGGUUAUAAAAUGAUUAUGAGUAAUGUUCUCACCGAUAUGUCACCUUACUUGUUGGCCGGUAACAUUUUGACAUUUGUAUCGAACAGAUUGUCUUAUGCCUUUGAUUUGCGUGGUCCUUCAAUGACACUCGAUACUGCAUGUUCCUCCUCGCUCAACGCUGCAUUCCUCGGAAUCAAUUCUAUUCGAUCUGGUGCUUGUGAAAUGGCUGUCAUCGGAGGAUGCAAUGAUUUACUUGAACCUUCCGCAACUAUUUCUUUAAGUAAUUUAGCUGCACUAAGUAAAACUGGUAAAUGUCAUUCAUUUGAUGUUGAUGCAGAUGGUUAUGUACGAGCUGAAGGUGCUGGUAUCUGUAUUUUAAAGAGACUAGAUGCUGCCAUUCGUGAUGGAAACCGAAUCUAUGGUGUUAUCAAAGGUGGAAGUAGCAAUGUCGAUGGAAGUAACAACAAGACAACACUGACAUCACCAUCUGGCACUGCUCAAGCAGAGAAUAUAGAAUUCGCAUUGAAAGACGCUCGUUUGAGUGCAUCCGAUAUCUUUUAUGUUGAAGCACAUGGAACCGGUACACCUGUAGGUGAUCCAACCGAAGUUGGUGCUCUUGCCUCUGUUUUCAAAGGAAUCAAAUGUGAUGAAUGGAACAUCAAAAUUCAAACUGAGUUGGAAUCAUUCCCAUCCGAUAGAACCAUACGAAUAGGUAUCAAUUGCUUUGGAUUGGGUGGAUCCAAUUGUCAUUUGAUAUUAGAAGAAUAUAAAUCUGUUAAAUCAAUUCAAAUGAAAAGCAAUAUUAUUUCAUUAGGUCUUGAAAAUUAUUUAAUUCCUUUCUCUGGAAAUUCGAAAGCAUCUGUCGAUAAAUACAUUGACAUGAUUAAGAAUAACAUAUCUAAAUUGUCAAAAGUAAUUCCAUUUGAACAUUUUGUUCGAUAUCAAGUCGAAUCGAAAUCGCACUUCAUUUCAAAUCGAAAGAUUGUUGUUGCCAACAGUUGGGAGCAGUUUGAAAAACAAGAGAGAACCUUUGUUGCACCAGAUCAAGAUACAAGUUUGGGUUCGUUCAGCAAGACCAGCGACAUUCCAAUUGUUUUUGUUUUCUGUGGACAAGGACCACAAUUCUCCACAAUGGGUCUGGAACUUUAUGAAAAGGAACCGAUAUUCAGAGAUGCUGUUGACGAAUGCGAUAAGAUACUCGAAGGAUUCUUCAAUUAUUCAGUACUUUCAAGACUUAGAACAUUCAAAGGAACUAAUGAAUCCGACAUCCAUAAGCCAGUGAAUGCACAACCUUCGAUAUUCCUCAUCCAAAUCGGUUUGGUGGCAUUGUAUAAACACUGGGGUAUCGAUCCAUCGAUCGUUGUCGGUCACAGCUUUGGUGAAGUUACAGCUGCCUACUGUGCCAAAUAUAUCUCAUUAUACACAGCCGCCAAGAUUGUCUACUAUCGUGCCACUCUCCAAAACGAAACCAUUGGAAGUGGAAGAAUGCUGUCGAUUGGAAUCAGUGCCAAUGAAUAUCUCAACAACUACUCUGAGAAAUAUCCAUUGGAAAUCGCUUGUUACAAUUCUCCAGAUUCAAUUGUUGUCACUGGUGACGAAUCAACUCUACAAUCGCUGAUGAACCAUUUGAAAGAUAAGAAUGUUAUAGCGAUCAUGCUGACAACACCAUGUUCUUUCCAUUCAUCCAGACAAGAGGUUAUCAAGGAGAAACUAUUACAAUCACCGAUAGCCAGUGUUGAGUAUCUCGAAGACGAUAGCAAUGUCACACUCUUCUCAACAGUCACCGGUGGAACAUUCUCAAGAAAACAAGAUUAUGAUAUUAACUAUAUCUAUGAUAAUCUUCGUAUGCCAGUUGUUUUCGAUAAAGCAAUGGAGAACAUAUUCAAACUAAUCAAUGGUGAACAAAGUGGUAACAAACCAGCAAUCUUUAUUGAAAUUUCACCACAUCCAACUUUAAAUUUCUACCUUAAAAAGAUGAUUCCGAAAUCAUCAUCAACACAACCAUUAGUUGCUUCUUCACUCAACAGAAAAGGUAGUGAAAUAGACUUGAUCCAAACAACAUUGGCACAAGUUUAUCUCUAUGGUGUCAAACUAAACUUUUCAAAUCAAUAUCCCAUUUUAAAGAGAUCUGGAAAUCAGAUGUGGAAGGACAAUGCUGGAACAUUACCAAGAUACCAAUUCAACUCAAUGCCAUUGUGGGCUGAACCAUUACCAUUCAAGAAGAUUCGUUUGGAAGGUCCAACCAACAAUCAUCUUGGACACAAACACUACAACAGCACAGGAGGAUUCUCUUACCUCUCAAUCAUCGAUGUCGGAAAGGCACCAUUUGCGUUCCUUAAAGGUCACAAAAUCAAAGGACAAUCAUUGUUCCCAGGAACUGGUUAUGUUGACAAUAUUCUUCGUGCUUUCAAAGGUAGCGAUGUCUAUAUCCACAAUCUCGACUUUAAGUAUCCAUUCUUCUUGAAAGAAGGAGUACAACAUCACCUACAAACCAACUUUAUCGAGAUUUCCAAGAAUGAAUAUAAAGUUGAAUAUAUGUUCAAAGAGAAUCAUAACACUGACGAAUGGACCAGAUCUGCAAUUGGUCGUGUCUCUGUCUAUCCAUCAAUGUCAGCUUCCAACAUUGGAAAAGUAGAUAUUGCAGCCAUCAGAGAACAAUGCAACUAUGCAGAGUUGUCACACGAACAAGUCUACCAAAAGAUCAAGAACUCUGGAAUUGAAUUCGGCCCAUCGUUCAGUCGUAUCAAAUCCACAAUGAUGGGACGUGAUUGUUGUUUGUCAACCGUCAAUAUGAAUCCACCAGUUUCCUCUUUUGACAAUGAAACAUUCUUCAAUACACCGUUACUCGAUAGCUGUGCACAAGGUUUGAUUGUAAUAAUAAAUGCAACUGAACUUGUAUUCGAAGGUUUGAGCAACAUGAAGAUCUAUUCUGGUAAUAUUCCAGCUGUGAGACCUGACCAUAUCUAUGUUUACGUUCACAUUCUCUCGAACUCCGCCGACACAUGUAUUGCUAAAGUUAAAGUAUUCCUCGAAGAUGGAUCUCUUUUGGUGACUGGUGAAAAGAUGGUUUGCCACUUUAUUAAAAGAAUUGAACAAGACACACCUACCAAUCCAAACAACACUCUAUUCGUUCAACAUUGGCAAAGAAAAGAGCUACUUCCAUCCACCAUUAGACUUUCAAAUGUCACACUUCACCAAUAUGUUUGUCAACUACUCAACUCUUUGACAACCAAGAACAGUCAAUUGGUUGUUAAAAUAUUGGAUAACAACAUUCAAAACUCACAGACUCUAAUCGAUUUGAUAGAAUCACAAGUUUUGCAAUCCAAUCCAAAUAUCAAUGUUGAAUACACUCUUAUCAACACUGGUGCCAAGCAAUCACUAAACAUCACCAAUGAAAGACUACUUUUCAAAUGUAGAGACAUGGUGAACAAUGACAAUAUUGACAAACGUUUAUUAAAGUCAAGCUAUGAUAUUGUCAUUACCUCGGAGAUUGCCAGUUUCAGCCAAUUGGAAUCAUUACUUGCUCCAAGUGGUCAACUCCUACUGACCAAUACAAUGGUAAAUUCACUCAGUACCAAUCUCAAUGUCCAUACUAUGAGCAAUGGAUUCUCUAUCAUCCAAAACCAUUCGAUCAUCACACAACCAGAAAUCAAAGGAAUCAACAAGAUUGCAUUUAUCACUGCUGGACCAACUCCAAAUGAAAUCGAGACAACUUUUGUUGAUCAAGGACUUCUCAAUGCCAACAGAAUUGAAAUUUUCGAAUCACAAUCAUUGGUUUCCAAUCAUGAGAAAUUCCUACAAUUCAUUGGAGAUGGAACAAAGUGUUUCAUUGUAUACUUGGCUGGCUUGGAUCAACUAAAGGUUGAUAACUAUCAACAAAAGACAUUCGAAUUUGUUAAAUUGAACCAGAUCCUCUUGAAGAACAACCUUACCAGUUGCACUACCGUCUUGACCACAAUGAAUGCCCAAGUUGACUCAAACAACUUUUUCAAUAUGUCACUCAUUGGUAUCCAUCGUUACUUUAUGGAAUUCCAUCAAUUGUCGACGAUCUCUAUUGAUUUGACAAUGGAGACACUCUCUGAAGUACCACUUUCCUACCUCAUUAAACUUUCUACCAGUCCAUAUGACAAGGAAUAUGUCAUUCGUCUUGAAGGUUCACCAAUUCUGCUCUCAACCAAUGUCCAACGUAUUUUCAAGAAACCAAUCACACCACUCAAUAAUAACGAAUCAUCAUUCUCAAUCAACAACAAUCUCUAUUGUAGACUUGACUCUAAUUUACAAUUUGAAAUUAAAGAAAUGGUUGAAUCGUUGGUGGACAACCAAGUCGAAGUUAAGGUGAUGGCAGCUGGUGUAACACCAAAAGACUUGCUCUACUACCAGAAAAAACUUUCACAAAACAUGUUCAUCAGUGGUGAUAUCUAUAAUCCUCCAUUUGGAUUGGAAUUCUCUGGUAUUGUAACAAGAACUGGUAACAGUAACAAGUUCAAAGUUGGUGAUCAAGUUGUUGGUUUGGGAUACUCUGCCAUUGCAUCUCAUGUUAUUGUUAGAGAUGAUUGGAUUGUCCAUAAACCAUCGAAUCUCAGUCAUACCGAAGCUGCUUCAAUUCCAGUAGAUUUUAUCUCUGCCAAUGUCUCAGCAUUUGUGAUGGGAUACCUCGAUGAAUCUGAAUCAAUUUUGAUUCAUAUGGCCAAUCAUGGUGUAGGGAUAGCAUUGCUCAGUCUCUUGAAGUCCAAGAAACAUCAAGGUAAUAUCUACGUUACUGUUGAUUGUGAUAAAUCAGUCCUCCAAGAAUUCUCCUCGAUUAUCACUGGUUACUAUUCUCAAGUUGACUUGAAUAGCAUCGACAAUGGAUUCUCAGAUCAAUUGAAAUCGAUUGGUGGUGUCGACCUCAUCAUCAAUACUCUUCCAAGUGGAUCGUUCAUGAAAUCAAACUUUGAUAGUUUGGCACCAUCCGGUAGAAUCAUUGACCUCUCAACUCAAAAUUUGAUGGAGAAUGACAGUUUGAACAUCAAGAACUUCACCUAUCAUCGUGGAUACCAAACCUUUUACAUUGAUCAAUUAUUGAGCCAAUCCAAAUUGAUUGGUCGAUAUUUGAAUCAACUGUUCAGACAAUUUGAAAACAACCAACUAAGUACCAACCAAAGAACCACUGUAUUCCCAUGUAACCAAAUUAAAGAUGCUUUCGAAUCAAUGGAGAAAUCUCAGUCCACCAAGAUUGUUAUUGAUUUCAGUAUGUUUGACAAAUCAAUAAUUCCAGAGCUUAAAUCAAAUGGUAAACUUGAACAAGUUGUCAAUAGUUGUUCCAAGAUGAAUCAAAUCGGUCAGACUCUCCUUAUUACUGGACAAACUGGUAUUGCCAUGGUCUUUCUUUGUUGGAUCAUUGAAAAUCGACCAGUUGGUUUAAAGGAUGUCAUUGUUCUCUCCAGAUCUCAAUUGAAAUGGGAAUUAGAAUUCCUUAUGAAUCAAUUGAAGUAUGGAGGUAGUUCCAUUCGAAUUCACUAUCGUUCAGCUGAUGUCAGUCAAUAUCAAUUGUUGGAUCAAGCUGCCCAAUCAAUCUACGACUCUGACUCUAGUAUCGCACCAGUUUCAUCAGUAAUUCACUUUGCCACAGUCUAUGAUUAUACUGAACCACAAUCGAUUUCACCCGAUACUUUGUCAGGUACUCACAACGCCAAAGCAGUUGGUGCAUUCAAUCUUCACUCACUCUUUGAGGCCAAAGGUUGGAAGUUGAACUCCUUUAUUCUAUUCAGUUCUGUAUUCUCGAUUAUAGGUUCAUCCAACCAAUCUGCUUACACCUCUGCCAACUCAGUACUCGAUGGUUUGGCACAAUAUCGUAGAAGCCAAGGAUUGAGCGGUCUAUCAGUGUCGUGGGGUGCAUUGGGAGGAGGUGGAGAAGUCGCCAACAACAAAUCAGUAUCCACAUUCCUCAAGAUGAUUGGAUUCAAAUUGGUAUCGGUAUCACACAUUCUUGGUGGAAUGAAAUUGUUCUUGAACGAAUCUAUUGAUUCUCCUCAUCUAAUACUUGUGGAGAUGACUUAUAAAUCGUUAUUUGAGCAAUACCGUUUGCUUCGAUCCAAAUUAGAACAUAUCUCUCAAGUUGAAGACAUUGACUUUGAAGAAGCUCAAACCUCAUCAACAGCCAACCAAUCUACUGGAAACUCGCUAUUUGAUAUGGUGACAACCAAAGUUGCAGAUCUUCUCGCAAUGAGUCAAGCCAAAAUGAAUCCAGAGACACAUCUCAAAGACUAUGGAAUCGAUUCACUCUUGACUGUUCAACUAAAGAAUUGGAUACAAAAAGAAUUUAACAUUACCAACAUUACAACCAAACAAAUUACCAACAGUUCUAUUAACGCAUUAAUCCAAUCGAUCAAAGUUUAA